ACCUAGGAACUGGCUUGCUUUUUGGAUUUAAUUCACCUAUAUCACUGGAGGUGUCUGCAGAAAUAUGGAGAGUAAUCUUGGGUUUUAUUCAGUGCCAAAGCUGGUGUUUCUACUGGUGUUCACCUUGAUUAGUAAAGACAUUCUGGUAUUUGGUUCACAGGUGAAAAGUUUCACGUCGUUGUGGUUCAUUUCUGAACCUUCAGAUGUGGUUACGAUGCGAGGAAGUAAUGCGAUUCUGAACUGCGCGGCACAGUCUGAUCACGGGCCCCCAACCAUCAAGUGGAAGAAAGACGGAGUUUACUUGAAUCUGGCGAUAGAUGACAGAAGAAGACAGCUAUCCAACGGAUCUCUGGAGAUACAGAGUGUGGUCCACAUGAGACAUCACAGACCUGAUGAAGGCAUCUACCAGUGCGAAGCGGCCUUAGACGGCAUCGGUGCCAUCAUUAGCCGGACGGCGAAAGUAUUAGUUGCAGGCCCUCUGAGAUUUCUUUCGCAGACGGAGUCCGUCACAUCGUUCGCUGGCGACACAGCGUUAUUAAAGUGCGAGAUUGUAGGGGAGCCCAUGCCCUCUGUCAGCUGGCAGAAGAACCAGGAGGACCUCGUAUUGACCCCCGGAGACACCCGGCUGCUGGUGCUGCCCUCGGGAGCGUUACAGAUCAGCAGACUUCAGCCGACGGACGGCGGCGUUUACCGCUGCUUGGCUAAAAAUCCCGGCAGCUCCAGAACAGGAAAUGAGGCAGAACUACGCAUUUUAUCCGAUUCUGGUUUACAUCGACAGCAGAUCUUUCUUCAGAGACCUUCCACCGUAUCGGCUGUCGAAGGACAAGAUGCUGUUCUUGAAUGCGCCGUUUCUGGAUAUCCAACGCCAACCGUCUUCUGGAUGCAAGGAGAUCAAGUUAUUCAAACCAGGACAAAGAAAUACUCCCUUUUGGGAGGAAGCAAUUUACUUAUUUCCAAUGUAACGGAUGACGACGCCGGCUCAUACACUUGCGUGGUCACCUACAAAAACGAAAACAGCAGCGCCUCGGCGGAGCUCACGGUGAUGGUUCCUCCGCGGUUUCGAAAUCACCCCGCUAACCUCUACGCCUACGAGAGCAUGGACGUUGAGUUUGAAUGCGCCGUGUCUGGAAAGCCUCCGCCAACCGUGAAGUGGACGAAAAACGGAGAGGUGGUCAUUCCCAGCGACUAUUUCCAGAUAGUGGAUGGGACCAAUCUACGUAUUUUAGGACUAGUGAAAUCAGAUGAAGGUUAUUAUCAGUGUGUGGCUGAAAAUGAAGCUGGUAAUAUUCAGACGUAUGCACAGCUCAUUAUUCCUGAUCCUGCUGUCCCCAGUUCCAGUGUCCUUCCCUCUGCUCCCCGAGACGUGGUCCCCGUUUUGGUUUCCAGUCGAUUCGUCCGUCUCAGCUGGCGCCCGCCCGUAGAAACCAGAGGCAAUAUACAGACUUACACCAUCUACUACUCCAAAGACGAAGCUUACAGGGAACGGGCUGUAAAUACAUCAGAACCGGCAACACUGCAGCUGACCGUGGGAAAUCUGAAGCCGGAAGAGACUUAUUUUUUCCGUGUUGUGGCGUACAACGAGUGGGGACCUGGAGAGAGCUCCCAGCCCGUUAAAGUUGUGACCCAACCAGAAAUACAAGUUCCGGGACCAGUGGAAAAUUUGCAAGUCAUCUCUACCUCACCUACCUCAGUCCUAAUUUCUUGGGAACCUCCGGCCUAUGCAAACGGUCCAGUUCAAGGCUUCAGAGUGUUCUGCACGGAAACAAUUUCAGGGAGAGAACAGAAUAUCGAAGUAGAUGGACACGCGUACAGAUUGGAAGGCCUUCGAAAGUUUACAGAAUACAGCAUAAGAGUCUUGGCCUACAAUCUUUAUGGACCCGGUGUCUCUUCCGAAGAACAUACGGUCGUGACCCUUUCUGAUGUACCCAGUGCUUCACCCCAGAAUGUGUCUUUGGAAGUAGUGAGCUCCAGAAGCAUCAAAGUAAGUUGGCUGCCUCCUCCGUCAGGAACACAAAAUGGAUUUAUUACCGGCUACAAAAUCCGUCACAGGAAAACUACCCGCAGGGGAGAAUUUGAAACUCUGGAGCCAAACAACCUUUGGUACCUGUUCACAGGACUUGAAAAAGGAAGCCAAUACAGUUUUCAAGUCUCCGCCAUGACAGUAAAUGGAACCGGCCCGUCUUCAGAUUGGUUUACAGCUGAAACGCCGGAGAACGAUCUUGAUGAAUCCCAAGUGCCCGACCAGCCCAGUUCUCUACAUGUGAGACCACUAUCAACGAGCAUAAUUAUGAGCUGGACCCCGCCGCUGAACCCCAACAUUGUUGUUAGAGGAUACAUCAUUGGAUAUGGAGUUGGAAGCCCUUACGCAGAGACAGUGAGAGUGGAUAACAAACAACGUUAUUAUUCCAUUGAAAAUUUAGAGCCGAGUUCUCAUUACGUCAUUUCUCUAAAAGCCUUUAAUAAUGUCGGGGAAGGUGUUCCUCUUUAUGAAAGCGCUACCACUAGAUCUCAAACUGAUCCCAUUGAUCCAUUAGAAAUUGAGUUUUAUCCUUUUAUUGAUGAUUUCCCUACCUCAGUCCCAGAUAUGUCCACCCCCAUGCUCCCACCAGUAGGUGUUCAGGCCGUCGCGCUUACACACGAUGCCGUGAGAGUCAGCUGGGCGGACAACUCUGUCCUCAAGAACCAGAAGACCACCGAAGUACGAUUCUAUACCAUACGAUGGAGGACCAGCUACUCUACUAACUCCAAGUACAAGUCUGCGGACACAACAUCUUUAAGCCAUACGGUGACGGGUCUGAAGCCAAACACCAUGUACGAGUUUUCGGUCAUGGUCACGAAAGGAAGGCGAUCGAGCACGUGGAGCAUGACUGCUCACGCUACAACGUAUGAGACAGCUCCAACAUCUGCCCCGAAGGACUUAACCGUUAUCACAAGGGAAAGAAAGCCCCGAGCUGUUAUUGUAAGCUGGCAGCCUCCGAUUGAAGCCAACGGCAAAAUUACCGCUUAUAUUCUGUUCUACACCUUGGACAAGAACCUACAGAUAGAUGACUGGGUGAUGGAGACGAUCAGCGGAGACAGGCUGACACAUGAGAUUCUGGACCUCAAUCUAGAUACUGCCUAUUACUUUCGAAUCCAAGCGCGAAACGCGAAAGGGUUGGGACCUCUUUCUGAUCCGAUCCCCUUCAGAACUCCUAAAGUGGAACACCCUGAUAAAAUGGCUAAUGACCAAGGUCGUCAUGGAGAUGGAGUGUAUUGGCCAGUCGACACCGGUUUGAUCGACAGGAGCAGCCUUAACGAGCCUCCGAUAGGUCAGAUGCACCCACCUCAUGGCAGCGUCACACCGCAGAAAAAUAGCAACCUCCUGGUUAUUAUUGUGGUCACCGUAGGAGCUAUAACCAUCGUGGUCGUGGUCAUCGUGGCCAUAAUCUGCACACGAAGGUCUUCAGCGCAGCAGAGAAAAAAACGUGCCACACAUAGCAUCGGUAAAAGGAAGGGAAGCCAGAAAGAUCUAAGACCCCCAGAUCUCUGGAUCCACCACGAGGAGAUGGAAAUGAAGAACAUAGAAAAACCCUCCGGAUCCGACACACAAGGAAGAGAUUCCCCAAGACCCAGCUGUCAAGACUCCACUCCCGUUAGUCACAGCCAAUCAGAAUCACAGCUGGGUAGCAAGAGUGGAUCCCAUUCAGCUGCUGACACCGAUGAAGUUGGAAGUAACAUUUCAACGCUGGAGCGCUCUCUCGCCGCUCGCCGCGCCACCCGUGCUAAACUUAUGAUUCCGAUGGACACACAACCCAGCGGUAACCCUCCUGUUGUCAGUGCCAUUCCUGUUCCAACGUUAGAGAGUGCGCAGUACCCAGGAAUCCUGCCAUCUCCGACAUGUGGCUACCCCCAUCCGCAGUUCACCCUGCGGCCGGUACCGUUUCCCACGCUCUCGGUGGACAGGGGAUUUGGUGCUGGGCGAGCAGUGAGUGAAUGUCCACCUUCCCAGCAGCCAUCUGUGUUAUCACAUUCACAACCAGAGCAUCCCAGUAACGAAGAUGUCCCAAGCAGAACCAUCCCCACCGCCUGCGUACGGCCAACACAUCCGCUCCGCAGCUUUGCUAACCCCAUGUUGCCUCCGCCAAUGACUGCAAUGGAACCCAAAGUCCCAUACACGCCACUUUUGUCUCAAUCAGGGUCCAGCCUUCCGAAGCCGCAAGUAAAGACAGCGUCGCUCGGACUGGCAGGAAAAGCAAGAUCUCCGCUACUCCCAGUCUCAGUUCCAACAGCUCCAGAUGUUUCAGAAGAGGGUCACAAACAUACAGAUGACCCGGCCAGUGUAUACGAGCAAGAUGAUUUAAGUGAACAGAUGGCAAGCUUGGAGGGUUUGAUGAAGCAACUUAAUGCCAUCACAGGCUCUGCCUUCUAAUUGCAUUGAAGAGGAAAUUAACUCCUUAGAUGCCAGAGUGCCCUGCAGUUUAUUGCAGAGCGAUGGAUUGUGGGUGGUUCUGGUGACACACAAAAAAAAAGAAAAAUAGUGAAUUGAAUACCCAGGAAUAUUUGCAGCAUACCAGUGUUUUAAAAUCCCGCUCAUGGAUCAACAUUCUUUCAAAGAACCUCUGUUACCAUUUACUCUACACAAGAAAGAUUCGUCUUACCUCGGAGAAUAAUUCAUUACUUCUGACCUGGUUCCUCAUAGAAACGGGAGUAUCGAUUUUUUUAUUUUUUGGGGGGGGCUCGGGGACUGAUCUUGUUUUCUACAAGAUCCAAAAGCCUCUCGGACGCUUGCGCCUCAUCGCUAUUCCACAGUCAGCGUGUGCUUUGUGACACUGAAUAUUUGGGAUGAAAAACCGAGUAUUAUUCCAUAUGUGUGUCUUUGGUUGCCUUUUGGUUGCCAGCUUGGUGAACCAUCCAGUGCCCUGUAAAGCUAGUAGGGCGAGACAUUAAGAGCUCGCCCCUCCUGCACUCAAAGGGUUUAUAUCACCAAUGUGAGUUUGCCAAUUUAAACAAAAAAAAAAACAAAA